AUGGGCUGGUUAUCACUGCUGUUCGUGGCAGCUGCCUAUGGCGUGUGUGCAACAGAGGAGGCCGAAUCAACCUUUUCACCAGCGAGGCCACCGUCUAUUCCUCUGGCAGUACGAUCACCAUACCUAAAUACGUGGUUGGAUGGCGAGUCAAAUGGGAUUUUACCAGGGAACUGGCCGAAAUUCUGGACAGGGCAAAAUCUCGGCUGGCAGGGAUAUGUUCGUGUCGAUGGCACAAACUUCAACUGGAUGGGAGGCGGAGAAGGUGCCGAUACUGUCAAGCAAGUCUCGUACGAGUACACGGCUACGAGGAGUAUAUUUCAGUUCAACGUUGGAGACGUGGUCAACAUGACUGUCACGUUUCUGUCACCCAUCUACCCUCAGAAUCUUGUGAAACAAUCUCUUCAAUUCUCAUACGUCAACAUUAGAAUGCAGCCGUCAGAUGGGCGGGCUCACAGUAUACAACUGUAUAUGGAUAUAACCGGAGAAUUCGCCGGCGGAAACAGGCUGAGCAACCUCACAUGGAACUACAGCACAUCGGGUGGAAUUGCAUAUCAUCAGGUUUCCCUUGCAAACCAGGCCACUUUCCAAGAAAGCAACGAGCAGGCAAACUGGGGGAACUGGUAUCUGGCAACUUCGAAUGGUCAAUGGCUCACACACAAGAAUGGCCACAGCUACAACGAAACAAGGCAGCAAUUCCUCCAAGACGGCAGACUCAACAACACCAAAGACACCAACUACAGAGCUGUCAAUGAGAGCUGGCCCGUCUUUGCAUUCUCCAAGGACUUCCAGAUGGUGCAAUCUUACGACAUUGUUGAGACAGUGUACACCUUGGGUCUUUCCCAGGCCCAGGUGAUCAACUUCCAGGGUGCAACCAACGGCCCGAGUGCCCUGGAAGGCCUGUGGAGGAGCAGAUGGUUUAGCGGUGUGGACUCGAUGAUCUCCUUUCACAAUGACUUCCGGUCAACAUAUAGUGAAACCCAGGUCUUGGAUGAGAAGAUCCGUGCGGACUCGGCCGCUGCUGCUGGCGACAACUAUGCCGCCAUAACCACAUUAUCUGUGCGGCAGACUUUUGCUUCACUACAGUUUGCUCAAAGACGUUUCACCAGGCAACGGUACAUCUUUUUAAAAGAAAUCAGCUCAAACAGCGAUAUCCAGACCGUUGACGUGAUAUUCCCAACUUAUCCAAUCCUAAUGUACCUCAACCCGACGUUAGGAAAGCUUCUCCUAGAUCCGCUUUUCGAGAACCAAGAGAGUGGCCGUUAUCCUAACCGGUGGGCUAUCCACGACUUGGGCACUUUCCCUAACGCCAUCGGCCACCCCCAAGGCGACGACGAAACCAUGCCGCUCGAGGAGUGCGGCAACAUGAUCAUCAUGGCGCUGGCCUACGCGCAGCGGUCCGGCGACGACGCCUACCUCCGGCGACACUGGAACAAGCUGCAGCAGUGGGCCGAGUUCCUGGUAACCUACAGCCUGGUGCCCGCGAAUCAGCUGUCGACAGACGACUACGCCGGCGCGCUCGCCAACCAGACCAACCUCGCGCUCAAGGGAGUCAUUGGUCUGCGCGCCAUGGUCGAGGUGGCUGACCGUGCUGGCGUCAACGCCAGCGCCGGGCCCAGGUACGGCCGCAUCGCCAGGGACUACCUGUCGCAGUGGCAGAGACUGGGUGUCAACAACAACGCGAACCCGCCGCACGCCACGCUGACGUACAACGACCCGGACAGCCACGGCUUGCUGUAUAAUCUUUAUGCGGACAAGAUGCUGGGCUUGGGCUUUGUGAACCAAAGCGUCUAUGACAUGCAGAGCGAGUUUUAUAGGACCGUGGAACUCGAGUACGGCGUGCCGCUAGAUUCGCGACAUACCUGGGCCAAGACAGACUGGCAAAUGUUUGCAGCAGCGGUUGCAGGCAAAGACACGUGCGACAUGUUCAUCUCAAAGAUCCGCAACUUCAUCGAUCAGACCACCACUACCCGCCCGUUCACUGACCUGUACGAUGCCAGCACUGGUGGCUUCCCAGCCGACGGACCAACCUUUGUCGCGCGGCCGGUACAAGGCGGAACGUUUGCGUUGCUUGCAUUAAAACCGUGAUGGGAUGAUUUUUUUUUUUCUUUAGAUUUUUUCUUCUUUUCAUUUUCUUGUUCAGACAAAAUCUGUCUGGAGUAGUCGCAUAAUUGUAA